UGUCAGAUGGGUGAAAUAAAUUUUCAAGAAUGAAAUAAUUAAUUUCUAAAGAAGAAUGCCAUGCAUUUCUAAUUCAAUGUGACAUAGCAUGGCUGAAGGAGGAUGCAUCUUAUACACAUGUGACAUCUGUGGAGAAGGGGGUCUAAAUGAAGAUGACAUGAAAAGCCAUGUGUUGAUUGAACACAUAGAAUCAUCCAUAUACUGCCCAUUCUGUGAUCUCCAAGGUACAACCUUGGAGGAAAUGAACUGGCAUAUUAAUGCCGAACACUUGGAGUUUAUGAGCCCUGUUAAAGAACGUCUUCCUGAUAUUGUUACAAGCAAUCUUCCGCACCAAUCUAUGCAAGAAGACACAAUGGGAAAUGGAAGAUCAAGAUGUAAAAAAUCAGCAGCUGCUAAGUCCAUAGAGGAUGACUUUAUGGAAACUGAGGAAAAGGAUUUGAAACCAAAGUAUGACAAAUACACUGGGAGUACAUUUGAUGAACAUGAAAAUGUCGUGGAAUCAGAUCAAGUAAGAAAACGUGCGAAACUUCACUUGGAUGUGAUACCAGUGAGUCCGAGAAAAUCAAAUGAAACCCUAGAGACGAAAAAAGUUGUAAAUUGUGAUGUUCAUAUAUCUAAUGAAGUAGAUCCCGAGUCAGAUAAAGGGACUAGUUCAAGCUCCCCACAAGAUGUAGAAAUGGUUAGUGAUGUAGAAAAUACAUGUUAUAGUUGCCCAUUGUGUGAUUGGGUAACUGCUUCUCCCGAUGCAAUCCAACAGCAUGUAAAUGAUAAACACUUGGACAUUAUCAGUCCUGAAUCAACAACAACAACGGCUAACACUACCGACAAUGCUGAUGUUGAUAGUGAAAACAAUAUACUGGAUACAAACUUGAACCCAAAACAAGUCACACAGCUUUAUGAAUGUCCAUUAUGUAGUGUAACAGCUGACAAUUCUUUGCUUAUGGAAGUUCAUGUAAAUAAUAACCAUGGCGAUAUAUUAAGUCCUAAGUCAGAAACAACAACAUCACAUCAGGGGGUACUUGCCAAAGAUAAAAAAGCUGCUUCUCCUGAGGUGUGCCCCAUGUGUUCCAUGGAGUUCCCAGAUCUUCAGGGCCUUGCUUCUCAUGUUGAUGGUCACUUCUCAUCUGAGCAAACACCAGUUAACGAUGAGGUUGCAGACAAUAUGUUUGCUCAGGAGAUGGAGAGGCGGGAGAGAGAAGCUGCUAAGCAACAGGAGGAAAAAGAUUUUGAGAAAUUAAAAACAGAAUAUGGUAUGGACAGUUCAGGGUCAUACAAACAACAAGGAGAGAGCCAUUUAGAGAAAGAAGUGGGCAGAGGCAAUAUUAACAUAGCAGAGUACUAUAACAAGAAGAUUGAUCUUCAACAAGCCCAAUCUGCUGGUAUAGAUGAUGGUCACUCAUCCACAAAAGGUGUCAUGGUUAAACUGAGACAAUUCUAUGCUUUAACUAACUACAGUAUAAAAGAUGUGUGGUUGGCAUCAGAUGUGACUCACUAUGCAUCCUCCUAUGCAGAUAAAGGUUGGGGUUGUGGCUAUAGAAACUUACAGAUGUUACUUAGUAGCCUAGCAACUAGUCCUACGUAUGAGGAAGUCUUGUUCAAUGGAAGACCCCUUAUACCAUCUAUUCCAAAGAUCCAAAGACUCAUAGAAGCUGCUUGGAUAAAAGGCUUUGAUGUUCAAGGAGCAGGUCAACUAGGCAAUCAGCUCGUUAACACAAAGAAGUGGAUCGGUGCUACGGAAAUUGUUGCAACAUUAUCUUCAUUGAAAAUAAAGUGCCAAUUGCUGGAUUUCCAUGCUCCCUCUGGUCCCAAUGGUUCUCAUCCACGUCUGUUCCAGUGGGUUAGGGACUACUUUGCAGCACACACUGACUUCAAACCACCAUUGUUUUUCCAGCAUCAAGGCCACAGUAGAACCAUAGUUGGCAUUGAAGAAGUUCGAGACAACUCACUACGAAUGUUGAUAUUCGAUCCUAGUCAGGCUAAGAAGCAGAUGCAACAGUUCCAUGAGAACAUUAACGGCAAUGUGUUGCGGACAAUACGGCGUACUGUACAUGGGAUGAAGGCCAAGCAGUAUCAGAUUGUGGCAGUAGUUGGGGUACUCUCUGAUGAAGAAUAUGAGGCUAGCAAGGUACUUAAAUCAGACAGGAUUGCCUAGGAAGAAGGUCAGUGAAGUCAAACUAGGACUGGGACAUGCAGCCUUACUAGUCUAUGAACCUGUGUGCAAUAUGUAAAAUAGACCUGUGUGUUAAAGAGACCUGUGUGUUCAAGUGACCUUUGUGGAUAUGGACCUGUGUCUCAAUAGACCUGUGUGUUAAAUAGACCUGCAGUUCAUUCAGUGAAGCGAGCAAAAUUUUAUGUGGAUAAGUUCAUUUUUGGAGUUGAAAACAUUGGAAAAAAUUGCUUAUGAGAUGCAAAAACUGUUUGUACUUUACCAUCUUUUGCUUGGUUUUUCUCCAUAUUGAACAGGAAAUAAGAUUCAAGUAUUUCCCACCAGAAGGGAUUAAGGGGAUUUUUUGUUUAGUAGAACUUGCACAAUUAAUAGAUAUUAUACAACCCUUUCCUUUUUGAAAAUAUUACAAAUAUCAGAAAAACUUGCUUCUUUAGUGAGUUAACGGGUACAUGCACUUCGCUGACUAGGCAAGGAAUUUCUUCAAACUAGUUUGACAGAAAAACAAGUUUGUAUCAGAGGGUUUGAGUCUUGAGUACAUAUGGGAUCAGAAUUAGAGAAACUGAGCUCUUAAAUUUGAAUGCAGUAAAACCUGUAUACAUGGAACACACUCUAAACUGGCCAAAAUAAUUCUUCAUAGACCGAUGUUCCUUACAGAGAGGGUUCAUUAACAUACCUGCUUUUUAUGAUGAUG